AUGAAGGAUUCUGUAAUAUCUAGAUUGUCGUAUCAAACUUCGGAAUUCUACUCGCAAGCAUUGGUUUAUGGAAACUCAUCUGAUUUGAUUAAAUUGGAAUGGAUAAAUCAUAUGAAAGUUAAAAGGUUUCAUUUCUUAGCGGCGGCUCAUUUUAGAAGCAGUACCAUUGCUGCAGAUGCUGCUCAAUAUGGUGAACAAGUCGCGCAUUUACGAGCUGCAGAACUGGCUGUGGAUCAAGCUUUGAAGAGUAAAAAGUAUGUGAAUUCAUUAGUUAUGGAAGAUUUACUGGGUCUAACUGAAGUUAUUAAAACCCGUUUGCGAACAGCUGAAAAGGAUAAUGACUUGAUAUAUUUGAAGAUUGUGCCAAAUCAAAAUGAAUUAAAACCAAUCGUGGGUGUGUCCAUGGUAAAGCCACUUGAAUCAGAGAAAUUGAUUACUACACCAUCUGAUCAUCCAGUAUUCAAUGAGCUUUUACCUUACAUCAUUAUCAAUGUUGCACAAGCAAUGAGAGAAAGACAAGAUGAUUUUAUUAGAACAAAAUUUCAUGAACCAAUUCAAGGUUUGGAUAAUAUGUUAACUAAAUUUUUAAAUGAACGUGGUUUGCCUGCCUCCAUUGAUUCAAUACAACAACCAGAAAAUAUCCCUGAUUCUAUAAUUCAACAUUCGCAAGAAAUCUUGAAAAACGGUGGCUUACUGUUUAUUGAAAAGUCUUUUAAGGAAAUUCAGAAUUUAAACUUUGAAUGUAAUCAUUUAUUGCAAGAGUGUAGAACAAGAAUAAAUUUGGACAGAAAUGAAGAUCAAAUGUUAAGAGAUAGACAAGGAACAGCAAGAUGGAACAGAGCUUCUACUGAUGAAGCAGCAAGUGAACUCAUUACCAAAACAGAAAAAAUGAGGCAAUAUCUUGAACAAGCCAAAAACGGUGAUGAGAUUGUUUAUCAAAAAUAUGUUGAAAUAAAACCAAUUUUGGAAGUGUACUCGGGUGGUUUCGAUUCUUUAUCAAGACAUAUUCCAAAUUCACAGUAUAUUGCAUUACCAGAAAGUUUAUCCAGUGUGAUCAAUGAAUUGCGUGCUCAUUUAAGUCAAGUGAGUACCGUGGAGUCCGAAAGAAAAGAUUUUAUCCACAAUUUGGAAAUAAAGAGUCGAGAUAAUAACAUCUUGUCAAAGUUGGUACAAGAGUAUAACACUCACAGAUCAGAAGUGUACAGUGAUCAAGGGGAUUUCAAACCAAAUUGUUUUGAACCAGUGUAUGAAAGACAUUUAAAGUUAUUUGACUCUGAUUUGCAUUAUAUUUCUGAGACUAGAGACUUCCAGGUAAAUUUGGAACAAAAGAUAGAUAUUGCCAACAAUAAAUUUAUCCAUGAAUUCAACAAAGUUAAGAAUGCAUCACAAGAGAAAAGGCAAUCAAAGUUGCAAAUUCUAGAGGAUGGAUACGAAAAAUUCUUGCAGAUUAUUGUCAAUUUAAAUGAAGGAUCUAAAUUCUAUUCUGAUUUUAUAGAAAAGGGUACAAACGUAUUACGAGAAUGUGAAGAGUACUUAUACAAAAGACGAAUUGAAAGUAGAGAUUUGGAGUUGGCAAUUAAUAAUUCAUUUCAAGCUGCAAAAGUCACCAAUGAACAACGUCAGCUGAUAGAUAUUCCAGUUAGUCAUAGUAAUGAUUCUGAUUCAAAUUUGAUUUCUCCAAGAACAAGUAAACCAGGAAUAUGGAAUCCUAAUUCCGAUAUUAAAUUUGGUUAG